AUGCGGCAGGUUCUCAAGACAUUAUGCAUUCUCGUGUCUCUGGCCGCCGUCAGCUUGGCGUGGAAUCGACCCGCCGUCAACGGGCGUUCUUUGGGUGGUUCCACAUCCAGCAGAUUCGCUAGCCUCCUGAAAUCCAGAAAGUCUUCCUUGUUUGGGGCUCGCGUCCGUGACGGCUCCAGCAUCUUCAGUCACCUCUCCUCCAAGACCAAACAGCCAAUCUGCUACUUUGACAAGAAUGGCGUCCCACAGUACGAGUGGCCGACCAAGGAGAAGCUGUGUUUUGACAAGUCCUACAAGUAUCCUGUUGACCGUGUGUUCAGCGCCCUGGAGAAUGACCCCGACGCAAUGGAGUACAUGUUGCUGGUGCAGGGCUGCUACCUCCACAACAAGAUGAACGCCACUGGUCAUUACCCCGCCUACCGCUUCAAGGAUCUGUGUUCAGAGGACACUGAGCUCCUGGAGAGAAUCUGGUGGACCAACACCCAGAGCGGGCGCCGAGAGGUCUGCUACGUCAUCAUGCCUGAAGCCCAGGGAGUGGAGGUCGCUCAAUGCGGAGGUCACUGCGUCAUGGACACCACGGAGGUGAAACACCACUACUGCGUCCCCGACGGCAUGGUUGAACGUGACAUCUACGUCUUCUGUCCCGGCGAGAUCAAGCAGUGUCGCAGAACCCGCGUCACCAUCCCAACCGGAUGCAGCUGUAAGAAGUACGAAUGUCUCAAGUACCAGUUUGUGUAAACCGUGGUUUACACUCCAAUUUAAAGUCGUAACUUUACGCACGCGAAAUAGUGACGUAAUCGCAUGACUUAAGAACACCAAAUGCAUGUAUGCUUACGCAGGUGCGAGAUCACUCACUACAUGUCUACACAUUUGUCAGUGUUAUUGUUAUAUUUGUGUCAGUCUACUGGCAACACAGGUUUGUAAUUUCGUAUAAUAUAUAUAUUGUGACCUUCCAAAUUACAGUUUUUUUAAAAAUGAUAUAGUUGAACCAUACAAAAAGACCUGGGGAGAAUACAUUUUGACGAUGUUUGUCAACUAUAUCCUUUACAGUUUUCUAACACCAUCUGUACAUAUAUCAUGCACGCUCAUGUAAAUAGUUUGUUUAUAUUGUACAUAGCCUGUAUAUUUAAUUAUGGUGCCAACACAAAACCGCUCUGAAUAGUAUUUGUGCAUUUUGUGAUAUUUCAUGUGAUUUGUACAGAAUAAAACAAAUUGAA